CCGAGGCGAGUUGCAGCCCACCAUUAUCAACCCGCUCCUCCACAGGUAGAGAGAGAGGUGGCCAGAUGCACGCGAAGACGGACUCGGAGGUGACGAGCCUGGCGGCUUCGUCGCCGCCGAGGUCGCCGCCGCGCCGGCCCAUCUACUACGUUAUGAGCCCCACCCACUCCCACCACGACGUCGACAGGGUGUCCCUCGGCGGCUCUUCCCCCGGUGCCUCCCCUCUCCACCCCCACUACCACCACCCGCACCACCACCGCUACGCUAGCUCCCCCAUCCACCACUCGCGUGAGUCCUCCACCACCCGCCUCUCCGCCUCCCUUAAGUACACCUCCUCCUCCUGGCGCAAGCUCCACAACCACACCGAGGGCCACCACCCCGACGGCGCCGCCUCGUCCGGCUGCUCCGACUCCGACGUCGAGGACGACGGCCCCAUUCCCGUCCGCUGCUAUGUCGCCUGGUUCGUCUUGGGGUUCAUCCUCCUCUUCACCCUCUUCUCCCUCAUCCUCUGGGGCGCCAGCAAGUCCUACAAGCCCGACAUCUUCGUCAAGGGCGUGGUGUUCCGCAGCUACGACAUCCACGCGGGGACGGACCUCACGGGCGUACCCACCAAGAUGCUCUCCAUCAACUCCACGGUCAGGAUCGCGUUUCGCAACCCCGCGACGUUCUUCGGCGUCCACGUCUCCUCCACGCCCCUGGAGAUCUACUUCUCCGACCUCAAGAUCGCUACCGGAUACAUGAAGGAGUUCUAUCAGUCCCGGAAGAGCGGGCGCACGGUGGCGGUGGCCGUGGGCGGGAGCCAGGUGCCGCUCUACGGUGGGGGCACGGGACUCAGGAGCCGGACCGAGGACGGCGGCGCUCCGGCGGUGGUGCCGCUCGAGCUGUCCUUCACGAUCCGGGCCCGGGCUUACGUCCUCGGCCACCUGGUCAGGUCCAAGUUCUACCGCCACGUCCGGUGCUCGCUGUCCCUGCGCGAGGACCGGCUCGACAAGCCCCUCCGCCUCGCCCACGCCUGCGACUACCACGACUGACGAGACUCCCACUCCCAGAGAGCGAACAUGACUCGGAUCGAGUCGAGGUCCGUGACGUUGUGGCUCUCUUGUCGUUUUAUAGCUGCAUAUUCUUGUUUUCUUCGCAACCGGACGGAGUGUAGUGAUGAUGCAGUAGAUACAGCAAGCCUUGCGUUCU